AAUAUUCCCAAGUCCAUCUGUAUCCUCUUGUUUUCAUUUCCUCUCUCCCGAGAUUCUCUCUCCAAAUUUAUUUAAUUAAGUAUCUAUUAUUAAUAAAUUAAUUAAUUUAUAAACAAAUAAUAAUUUAGAUAAAUAAAAAUAGUGAAAGAGUGAUAAGUUAAGUUUGGAGGCACCGGCCCACGGCCAUUCCGGGAUGGUGCAGCAGCAUUGUAUUAUUCUCCCUUCUUCUACACAGAGACGACGAGUCUUUGUUUGGGACUGACAAAAAUAAUAAAAUCCCAAACUAAACCCAAACACCCCCCAACCACCCAACCCAACCCAACAACUCCUUAACCCCACCCAAUGGCCGACGGCCAAGGCGCCGACCGCGGCGCCGGCGACCACCACCACCACCACCACCACUCCACGCUGUUACUCCUCAGCCUCGUUAACGACGUCGUUCCGGUACCUAUCUGCGGUGGCGUUUUCAAGAAGGACUGCACGGAUCUGGUCCGUCGGAUCGCUCUGCUCACGCAUUUGUUCGAAGAAAUGAGGGACUUCAAGGGAGAGUUUCGGCAGUGUGAUGAUGUUUCGGCUUCGGCUUCGGCUUCGGCUUCGUCGAGUUCAUCUUCGUCGUCUUCUUCUUCGAGAGGUUCUUGGACGUCCGAUCUGAUUGUUGCACUUCAAGCUGCGAAAUGCCUUUUGUUGCUCGUUGCCAAGUUCCAUUCCCAGAAUGUACCUACUGAUGGAGGUACGAAGAAGAUUGCCUUCCAGUUUCAAUGUGUGACGUGGAAAUUGGAGAAAGCUUUGGCCAAUUUUCCAUAUGAUCAUUUUGACAUAUCAGAGGAGGUCCAGGAACAGGUUGCACUUGUGAGAGCACAAUUGAGGCGAGCCACCGAAAGAUAUGGAUCUAUGAACUCUAAGAAAAUGUUGUUCCAUUUAUCCCAGCCAAUGGAAAGAGAAAUUCACGUAGAAUCAGAAAAUAGGGUUACGGAAACGGAUAUGAUUCUAGAGAAAAGGGUUAGUAUCGAGAAGAAAGUUACAGCAAAGCUUGACAGUCUUCUAAGGAGUGACAGCUUGCGACGUCAUAAUACGGAUGAGACAAGUAAUAAUAUUGAGGGUCUAAGAAGGUCUUGUUCAACUCCUGACCUACAUUCAACUAACGAUGAUGAUGAUGGCAAUGGGCAAAUAAGUCCAGAUAACAAGGGGCCAGGUGUUAAGAAGCGAGAUGUUAUCGUAAUUCCUGAUGACUAUCUCUGCCCUAUAUCCUUGGAACUGAUGAGGGAUCCUGUUAUUGUGGCCACAGGACAGACAUACGAGAGAUCUUACAUUCAGAGAUGGAUAGAUUGUGGGAAUAAGACAUGUCCAAAAACUCAGCAAAAACUCGAACAUUCGACACUGACCCCAAACUAUGUUUUGAGAAGUCUAAUUAAUCAGUGGUGUGUCAAGAACAAUAUUGAGCAGCCCACUGGAUUAACAAAUGGUAAAAUGAAAAGGAGUGACGGAUCACUUCGUGAUGUUAGUGGAGACAUAGCAGCCAUCGAAGCUCUGGUACGCAAGUUGUCUAGCCGGUCCAUUGAGGAGCGUAGAGGUGCUGCCGCUGAAAUCCGAUCACUAUCCAAAAGAAGCACAGAUAACAGGAUAUUAAUAGCUGAAGCAGGUGCUAUACCAAUUCUGGUGAACCUUCUAACAGCAGAAGAUGUGACCAUACAAGAGAAUGCAGUUACUUCUAUUCUCAACCUCUCCAUAUAUGAAAACAACAAAGGGCUUAUAAUGCUUGCUGGUGCCAUUCCUUCUAUUGUUCAAGUUCUCAGAGCUGGAAGUAUGGAAGCCAGAGAAAAUGCAGCAGCGACCCUCUUUAGCUUGUCACUUGCAGAUGAGAACAAAAUAAUAAUUGGAGCAUCAGGGGCAAUCCCAGCUUUAGUAGACUUGCUCCAAAACGGGAGUGCACGAGGGAAGAAAGAUGCCGCAACUGCAUUGUUCAAUUUGUGCAUUUAUCAGGGAAACAAAGGCAGGGCUGUUAGGGCAGGGGUCAUAACAGCAUUGUUGAGCAUGCUUACGGAUUCGGGCAAUUCCAUGGUUGAUGAAGCUCUUACCAUUAUGUCUGUUCUUGCUAGCCAUCAAGAGGCAAAAGCGGCCAUAGUAAAGGCUGGCACCAUACCUGUUUUAAUAGACCUUUUAAGGACCGGGUUGCCUCGCAACAAGGAGAAUGCAACUGCUAUUCUACUAGCCUUGUGCAAAAGAGACAACGAGAAUCUUGCCUGCAUAAGCAGACUCGGUGCAGUUAUACCCUUGACUGAGCUAGCUAAGAAUGGCACUGAGAGGUCCAAACGGAAGGCCACUUCAUUAUUGGAGCAUCUUCGAAAGUUACAGCAGCUCUAAUAGGUAUCAUUACCAUAGAUUUUUUUUUACUUGUAUCAUUUUUUCUUCUUUUUCUUUCACCCCCAAAUUCUAUAUGAACAAAUGUUACAGCAUUCCUUUUCUGAUGCGAAAACCGAGAAUACAAAUUGAGAUAACAAAAUCUAAUCUCAACACUUUCAUGUACUUAUAAUUUCCUUCUGUAAGAGUGUGUAAAAUAUUCCAUCUGAUACGUUAUUUGUUACAAUAUUCUUUAUGGAAAAAGUUUAUUUGUACUGUUUAAA